AUGUCGAACGAGCCUCCUCGGGGUCACAGAUCUCCAUCGCGUUUCAUUAGUAGUUCAAGUGCAGAGUCCGAUGGAGCUCCACAAUUACGUCUCGGGGUGCCGACAGCUCGCGGCCAGACGCCUGGUCGAGCCACUUCUGAGCAGCCACCGUCGGGGAGAUCCCCGGCCCGAAAGGCACCAUCUCCGGCAAACAGCCAAAAACAGAGGCAGCGAAGUUCUCAAUCAGAUGAGAUGGAGCAAAUACCCCCAAGAACGUCCACUGAGUCACUGAACUCAGAGGACCGUGCCAAGAUCCGAGCGCGCACCAAACCUUUCCAGGACGAACUUCUCGGGGACGACAUGCUUGAUCAAUUUGAGAAGCUUGACGCAGGACGCGCAAAGACCCUUUCGGACGAUCAGGCACGGGCAAAGCGAGGGAAUCCCGAGGCUGCCGAGGAGAAGCGACAGACAGCAGCAGCGGCAAAAGCAAAAGCAGAGAAAGAGGCAGAAGCAAAAGCGGAAAAAGAGGCCAAGGCAGCAGAACUGGAAAGACGGAGAUCAGGAGCACCAUUGCCACCAUUGAUGGCUAAGAAAUCUAUCCCGCCCAUCCGUUUCAGUGGCGCCGGGCGGGGACGUCCCAGUGGUGACGCAUCUGGUGGGCCUGCGCGUCGGCAGGUGCGACGAGCAAGACGCUCCAGUGCAAGCCCCGUUCCAUUGCAGAGUGGGCCAAGAGCCCGCAAGGCUGUGGAUAAGUACACGCCGCCCUCGAUCCCGAGGCCAAAAGCCAGCAGGGGUGGAGCGCGCAGGGGUAGGCCAUCAGGAGCGUCAGAGACGGUUGCUCCUGUUGCUGCGAAGGCGGCAGAUACAGUAAAGACAGCAGCUAAAUUGGCGGCCAAAACAGCCGCAAAGACGGCAAAGAAGGCCUCUAAAACAGCGACGACAGCGGCCAAGAGCGCUACCAGGAUUGCAGCAAAGACCGCCGCGAAGGCUUCCAGCACUGCGGGAGUCAAGAAGUCAGCGGCUGCCAAAACCGCUGCUGCGAAGACAAAGGCUGUGGCUGCCAAAGCCGCCAAGGUCGUUGCUGAGGGACCUAAGAAGGCUAAGACUGCUGCGAAAUCUGCGGCGAAGAAAGCUACACCAGCGAAGAAAGCGCCCACUGCCAAGAAGGCCGCGGUUGCAAAGAAAGCUCCGGCGGCGGCGGCGAAACAGAAGAAGACGAUGACGACAACGACAACGAAAGCCGCAGUGAAGAAAGUGAAAGUCGUGGCUGACGCUGUCUCUGCAGAGGAGAAGCAGUGGAAGGUGCCCCCGAAGCCAAGCCAUAAGCGGAGUACACGAGCGCAGAAGAAGCAUACUUGA